CCUUUCUCACCCCGACUGCGAAGCGGGCCAGGACCCGCCGGACCAGACCAGACCGGACCCCGGGGGCGAUGCGGCUGCUGCCCCUGCUGCAGACUGUCCUCUGGGCCGCGCUUCUCGGUUCCCCUCUGCGGGGGGGCUCCAGCCUCCGCCACCCCAUCUACUGGAACUCCAGCAACCCCAGGCUGCUUCGAGGAGACGCCGUGGUGGAGCUGGGCCUCAACGAUUACCUCGACAUCUUCUGCCCCCACUAUGAAAGCCCAGGGCCCCCUGAGGGCCCCGAAACCUUUACCUUAUACAUAGUGGACUGGCCAGGCUAUGAGACCUGCCACGCAGACGGGGCGAAUGCCUUCCUGCGCUGGAAGUGCUCCGUGCCCUUCGCUCCCUUGGGCCCUGUUCGAUUCUCAGAGAAGAUUCAGCGCUUUACACCCUUCUCCCUGGGCUUCGAGUUCUUGCCUGGAGAGACUUACUACUACAUCUCGGUGCCAACUCCAGAGAGUUCUGGUCAGUGCUUGAGGCUCCAAGUGUCCGUCUGCUGCAAGGAGAGCAAGUCCGAGUCAGCCCAUCCUGUUGGGAGCCCUGGAGAGAGCGGCACAUCUGGGUGGCGAGGGGGGCAGGCUCCCAGCCCCCUCUGUCUCUUGCUGCUACUGCUACUACCAAUACUGCGUCUUCUGCGAGUUCUGUGAGCCAAGCAGACCCUCCCUGGCACCCUGAGGAGCCAGAGCCUUCCCAGGACUCCCUGUUGGAGGGGUCCCUGCCACUUGUACUGG